AUGGAAAAUUUACAGGCAGAAGAUGGUCUUCCUCUGCUACCCUUGCCUGGAGUAACAAGUCUCAAAAGACCUAAUUUUGAAAGCAAAAGCUCUCACAUGGGACUAGCAGAAGCGUCAUCUGAACCCGACGGUGUUCGGAUUGCUUCUGACCAUCCUGGAUCCCAAAUAAGUGAACCAUUCUUCAGUUUCAAGAACAGUAGCAGAUACAAAGGGGACAAGCAAUCUAUAAGAAUUAUACCUUCAGCAAGCGAGAUCACUCUUUCUACAAUCGCCUCACGACUGUCCGUUCCUGAGCCUUGGGAACACGAUACACCUGAUGAACACAACGCCGACACAGUGGGGAAUACUGCACGCAAAUUUCAACGAGGCCCUCAAUGUUGGAAAGUCCUCUUAAGUGGCCUUCCGCAACUACUUCUCACGGUUACACUAUGUAUUAGCAUCUUACUGGUGUACUAUGUCUACUUGCGUAAGGGAGCUAUUAACCAAGCAGACCAGGCACUAUGGAACUACUUAACUCUAGCGCUAUAUCUUAUCCUUCCAAUGUCUUUGAGUUCAGCAUUUAAAGGCUACGCAAGGUCAUAUCGAUGGCAGCUACUCUCGACGAGGUAUCUCGGACUCGAAGAGUUUGAUUUGGUACUAGGAUGCGAAAGCUUAAUUGCCAGCACCCAAUUGCUAUGGAAAGGAAGGGUUAAAGGUCGCCUCAUGCCGAGCCGAAUCCAGUGGUACUGUGCUGUUUCCCUUCUCCUCAAUCUAGGACUUCAAGUUGCAGUAUCAGUCCUCGGUGUCAUUGCCUCUUUAACGCCGAGUCGUGAGGGCAUCGAUUAUUCUCAAUAUGGUUCUUUCUCUAUCGCAGACUUUAACAAUCCAGCAUUUUUCCCCGACAAUGAUACUCGCUCUUUAUCAUACUAUAUCCGUCAGAUGUUACCAUUCCCCGACGAAUAUCCAACGUAUUACUUUCCCAACUUUUACGGGAAUCUAAUCUGGCCACCAUGGGGCUAUAGAGACAAGGACAGUAGUUCUCGAUCUAUAUUUUGUAUACCUGGAGAUCCUGGAUGCAAGAUUUAUCUUUCCGCUUCCGGCCCUGAAAUAUCCUCCGCAUAUACCAACAUAACCAUCUUCUCAUAUCAUAGCAUCAGCGCUGUGGCCACAUGUCAAAAAUACAACGUUACACACUAUCCUGUGGAAGAUGAACCAAUCUGGGAUCCCUUCUCGAGGCAAUCUUACGUGUUAGGUAAUAUAACCUUUUUCAAUGAAUCGAGCGGCCAAAUCACAACUAUACCAUGGAAUGCAUCACCAGUAUUAGGUCAGUCAAUUGAACCCCCCACCUUUAUGUGGGCGGCCCAUUACGAUACAUCACACCCUAGCUCUCGGUCUGCUACGGUUAUGAUGUUACAUCGAGUCGAAGACAGGGUAAGUCUUUUUGACUGUCAUAGUGAAGUUUUGCCAUUAAAUCAACCAACUGGAGUACACGGCGUUGAUUUAUACCCGGUGCCAGCCGUAUACAAUAUUCCGGAUGAAGUGGCACAGAAUUUCGCAGGAGCAAUAGCUGGGAGAUUUACCGUCACUCCCAAAGAAGACCCUAAAGUGUAUUGCCAAUACUCGCCAUUGUUUGAUGAUGAAGAAUUAGUUGGUGUCACAGAUGAAUGGCCUCCAGAGAAAGUUGCAAGUGUGAUUCGUACAUUUACGCUAUCAGCGCUGAGAUCUUUCGAUCUUCUUGGGCCGAGAAUCACAGUGGCUGGUAUUGGUCCGCAACAAGCGCAAAAAUUGACAAUCAACUGGGAUUGGGCCAUCGGGAUCCUGGUAGGUAUACCGGUGAUUCAAUGGCUCCUUCUAUGCCUUACUGCAUAUAUCUCGUCCGCUGCGAUUAUCAAAGACACCAGCUAUCUCGCAACAGCGCAUUUACUCAAGCCGGUCACGGAAAAUCUUGGGUCUCAUGGAUGCAUAAUGUCUGGGCAUGAUAUUGCACACCACCUGGGAAAUCUACCUAUCAUAUACGGUGUUCGGUGUCUCGCACAUCCAUCUGACGAGCCGAUUUAUCAUCUUGAUGUUAUUCGGCAAUCCGAAGAUCACGAAGCAAAUCUCGACAAUGGCUGGAAGGCCGGAAUGGAUAUGCCAGAAGGAUGGUACGAUGGUUCUGGGCGCCAAACAAUGGGAACUAUCUUCAGACAGAAUGUCAGUACCCAACUGCAGGGAUCCACUUGGGAGCAACCGAGGAAUCAUAUAACGAAGAAGGCGAAGCUAGAGUGA